CCAUAUAAAGUAAAGGAAAGCAUGUUCGCGAAACACAAGAAAAAAAGAUUCUUCGUUUCCUCAAUUUACCCGAACAGUAUAAUCUACUCGAUUACGUCUCUCGAGAGAAUUAACGCAGGAAAGAUGCAUUAAUUGGCCAGUUACGGACUUCCUCUUCGAGUCGGGGGUGAUACUACAUUCUCAUUUAUUAACGCAUUUAUUUGCAAAGCCUAAAACGCGACCCCUGAAAUUCAACAAGUGCCCCUCGAACCUGAAGCGAGAGAGCGAACGGACGUGCAAGCGCACCCAACCAACAUCCAACCUCUAUUACGUGCGUGACGCGACUGAUCCAUCAGGGAAGCGCGGGGUACGCGGGGAUAAAGGACUCGUGGUGGGGGGAAGAAGGGAGAGGGGACUCGGGCAGGACGCUCCACGAGUGAUGGGGAUUGGAGCGAGCCGCGGCUUCGGCUCGCUCCGCGCGGCGUCGGCCACAUUCGGGGGAUUCUGGUUUCUCCCGCGGCCGCCUAAGCGGUGUCAGCGUGUGCGCAGACCGGCUGCGCAGCAGGCGUGUGCGUUGUCCAGAUUCUUUGUGCCAUUCCUGGCAUACCAAAAACACGAGAGUGACCGUCCUCGUAUUUACCCGUGGUGCAGUACCGCGCGCCGAUAUAACGCCGUACGAAUUUCGUCCGCGGAAAUAAGGGCCGCCCUCGCGCUCGUGCGCGUGCCGCCACGUCAUACAGCUCAGCCAAGUGCGACGUGUGCGUGCGGAAAAACCGCCGUUGGCUGGAAGAGAGGAGGUAGAGGGGCACAGAGGCGAGAGAGAGAUAGAGAGAGAGAGAGAAAGACAGACGUACAGAUAGGGCGAUAGAGGGGGAGAGGAGGGGAGACGGAGACGGAGCCGCACGGAGUGGCGCACGGCGGUGGCGCGAGAAAGCGCUUAAAGCGAGCACACGUACGGGGUGAGACGUGCGCUGGUUGGUGUGUUGAUUGUAUAUUGUUUUGAAAAGUGUCGCGGGACGCGCGCGAACGCACGCGACGUAUCGCAUCAUAUCGCAUCGCGUCGCAUCGUAUCGCA